GUCGUCAUAACGAAUCAGCCUAGUGUAGCACUCAACAAAAAUGUCUUCCAACGUAUCAUCUUCCCCUUCUGCCGAGACUUCGUCUCUUCGCGCCCGCAGAUCUACCACUCUUGAUCCUCAGACACCAACUUCCUCUCUCCAUUCUGUCCCGUCUCCCAACUCCACUGUCGUUGGAACAAGCACCAGUCCCUCUGAGGGCGUCGAGCUUAGCCUGCCACCUAAAUCCGUCACCACAAAUGGCGAGCCGUCUUCUACUGCAAGCACCAAUGUGUACUUCCCAGGAGGGUUACCGUUGCCCGCGGUCAAGGGAGUGAUUAGUGGAAUUGAUUCACCUAGGCAUGGAAGAGGAUCUCCCUCAAUUGGAAACAGACGGGAUAUCCCCGGCUCACCAGUAACGCCUACCACAUCCACCACAGUGCGGGCUGAGCCUGCACAACAAAGACCGACUGGCGAAGUUGUCGUUCAGCAGGAAGAGUACAGGCCAAGAGUCGUCUUCAGGAGUGACCCUACGGUAAAGAGCUGCCUGUUGGGAUUGAAGAUGGAAAAGAAGGAUGAGAUUGCGAAAUUAUUUGGGGUUAUUUAGAGGUGUUUCACAUCGGAGAACGUUGUUGUGUAGGAUAUUAACGACUUGGAUCUUUCACUUUCUUUUAUCAAAUUAUAAUCAAUAGAUUAGAAGGGUGAGAUCCCAGAAUUGAACUGAGAUAUCUUCUGCCACAAAGAAGCGCUCUACCAUCUUUCGGCGUUUGGCUCGUAGAUGAGAUGUUUUUCAAUUAUUGACAAAAGCAAUGCCUGACGAUACAUAGACAAACAUUUAUUUCAACCAUGUAUAGUAUGA